UGUCGGAGACAGAGACGAGGGCCACAAGUAGGCAGAGCAAGGAGGACAGAGUGGGGUCACUUUCGGCUCCAGCACGCUAUGAUUUCUCCUCCAAGGCACAGGUUCAUUCACAGCUGCUUGCGAUAGGACUGCUCCCUGACCUCUCAAUUCCUUGAGCUCCCAUGGCACAAUAUGAUCCGAAAGACCCCCCGCCUCCAUACUACACUGUGGCAUUGGAUCCCCAGCCACCGCUGCAAUCCUACGAGGAAGCUGUUUAUGGAAUGGGGGGAAAUGCAGGCAUAUCCAGCCAACCCUAUUACAUUAACCAGCAAAUCCAGCCCGUGCCGCCGCCGAUCAUCACCCAGGAAAACCCUCCUUCCACACAGAGGGAGGCAUCAUCAUUCAGAAACAAGGCCCGCUGUUUCGGGGGAUCGGGAGGGACCCUCAUCUUUCUUGCCCUGCUCGCCAUCGCCAUCUGGGUGGGAUUACACUACAGCUCCAGGUGGAUGACAUCUGCAUCUGACAGUGGGGAUGGCGGCCCCCCAUCUUCAUACCAACUAAACUCAGAGACGUGGGACUCGUGUCCCAACACCACAGUCCUGUGUGAUGGGAAGCAGAACUGCCUGCUUGGCAGCGAUGAGACAGACUGUGUGAGGUUUGGAGUCAACGGUUCCCUCCAGAUCAGGACCUCCAACAACAGUUUCCUCCCUGUCUGUGCCCAAGGAUGGGUCCAGAGUUUUGCCGAUCAGACCUGCGCUCAGCUUGGUUUUAGAAAGAGUUACCAGAGUACAGACAUCCAAGGUGAAGAAUCUCCAGCUUUCACAGUGACCAACAACCCUUCAAACUUUAUUCAAGGACACGUGGCCCUCAGUGCCUCAUGUCCUAAUCAACAGACCAUCUCGUUGCAGUGCACUGACUGCGGCAGGCCACAGGUCAACUCCCGUAUCAUAGGAGGCACUCCGGCACAGCUGGGCCAGUGGCCCUGGCAGCUCAGCAUGCACUACCUAGGCUCACACAUGUGUGGAGGGUCCUUGGUGGCUCCAGAUUUCGUGGUGACAGCUGCUCACUGCUUCCCCAGGUCCUCAUCCAGUUAUCUUGAUCCCACAAAUUGGGAAGUAUAUGGAGGAACCAUCACACAGAACAGCCUUCCUCCCCCAUACUAUGUUGCAAAAAUAAUCAUAAAUCAGAACUACAGCUCUGACACCAAUGACAAUGAUAUUGCUUUGUUGAAACUCACUGCACCAGUGGCCUUCUCAAGUACUGUCCAGCCAGUCUGUCUUCCUGCCUUUAACCAGGUGUUCAUGCCUGGGAUACAGUGCUGGACUUCUGGCUUUGGCACUACAAUGGAGGGAGCAGCACAGGCCUCCAUCAAAAUGAUGCAAGUGGCUGUGAACAUAAUCAGCUCCCAGGUGUGCAACAGCAACAUCGUGUACGGAGGCAUGAUCACCACCCACAUGUUGUGUGCCGGAGACCUGAAUGGAGGGAAGGACUCUUGUCAAGGAGACAGUGGAGGUCCGCUGGUCUGCCAAGGAUCUGACCAGCGCUGGUACUUGGCAGGUGUGACUAGCUGGGGGAUGGGCUGUGGGCGAAAAAACAAGCCAGGAGUCUACAGUAACGUGGUGUCUCUAUUGCCUUGGAUCUAUAGCCAAAUGCAGGAAGAGAAGCCAUAAUCUCCCUUCAGCUGCUCUGAAGGUUCUUCCCUCAAUGGGUGCUCUAACCCAGCUCAAACCUCAUCUGACCCUCAGUCCUGAAACAUGUCUAUUCUAUUGAAACUACAUUUUACCCUGGAGGACAAAUGAACAUCUUCUGGGAACAGCAAGCUUGAAUAUUAUGCACUUUAUCUUGGGACUGGUGCAUUCCUGCUGUUACAAACCAGGAUUAGUUCACUUAAGGCCCAGGGAACUGUUGAACCACUUGCAGUUCCUCAGAACCACUAUGAUACAAGGUCAAAAGCUUUAAUGUGCCUCAUAUAAAUUGGGCCAUCUAUAUACCAUCUAUGUUCUGCACAAGAAUAAGAGUGAUUUUUUUCUGUUUGUACUCAUUGCCUAAACUAGUAAAUGGUGUUGACUGUGCAAUAUUAACUUCCACCCUAUUCAUAAUUUUGUGGAUAGAAUUCUGAACAGCACACACUGUCUUUGUGUACACUAUACAUCAUGUAUUUAUAAUUUUUCAAAGCUAAAGACUUGACAUGACCAAAGAAUAACCCCAUUUCCCUUGAUGACUUUUGAACUGGUUGUACUGUAAAAUGUAUUAAUUUUUAUCCUUUGUGCAGGUUCCAAUGCUGAUCUUUGUGCUGUUGAUUCUACAAAAAAAAAAAAUCACCUUACUGAACGGGUGGGAGCUGUUGACUAAAUAAAGUGUUUUAUUCAAACUGCAUUGAACCAGACAAAGGAUUUAUGUAUACUUUUCAAUCAGAUAAAACAGAAUUGUAUUUUUGUAUCAAAAUUAUUAUAGUCAGUGCUAGAAAAAAAGAUUCCAGUUUAUGCAACCAUUCUU